AUGAGCGCUCUGACCCAGUACAAGCCCGUUGCCACUUCUGAGAAGAAGAGCGGCGCCAUGUCGUUCCUUCUGGACCUGGCUGCCGGCGGUGUUGCCGGCGGUAUCUCCAAGACCGUUGUGGCCCCCAUUGAGCGUGUCAAGCUGCUUCUGCAGGUGCAGGCCGCCUCGACGCAGAUCAAGCCCGAGGACCAGUACAAGGGCAUCGUGGACUGCUUCGUGCGUGUGACCAAGGAGCAGGGCGUGAACUCGCUGUGGCGCGGUAACCUGGCCAACGUCAUCCGUUACUUCCCGACGCAGGCCUUGAACUUCGCCUUCAAGGACAAGUUCAAAAAGCUGUUCAUGGACGGUGUGACCAAGGAGCAGUUCUGGCGCUUCUUCAUGGGCAACCUUGCCUCGGGCGGUGCCGCCGGUGCCACCUCGCUGCUCUUCGUGUACCCGCUUGACUUUGCCCGUACCCGUCUUGGUGCCGAUGUCGGCAAGGGCAAGUCGCGUAUGUACACCGGUCUGGUGAACUGCGUGUCCACGAUCUACAAGUCGGACGGUAUCAGCGGCCUGUACCAGGGCUUCGGUGUGUCGGUUGGCGGUAUCAUCGUGUACCGUGCCGCCUUCUUCGGUGGUUACGACACCCUGCGUGACGUUGCUCUGCGCGACCCCAAGAACGCCCCCGUGUGGCAGAAGUGGCUGGUGGCCCAGACCGUGACCUCGCUGGCCGGUAUGAUCUCGUACCCCUUCGACACCGUGCGUCGUCGUAUGAUGAUGCAGGCUGGCCGUAAGGACAUUCUGUACACGUCCACGCUUGACUGCGCCAUGAAGAUCGCUAAGAACGAGGGUUCGGGCGCUUUCUUCAAGGGUGCUGGCUCCAACAUCCUGCGUGGCACGGGCGGUGCUAUCGUGCUGGUGCUGUACGAUGAGUUCAAGAAGAUGAUGGUCUAA